CGCACGCGCACGGGGAGUCAGCCGGACCGCACCGGUGUUCACGUGACGCGGGGCGGUGCCCUGCGGACUGGAGGGAGGGAAGCGAGCGGCGGGAUCCGCGGUGGCGGCAGCAGCAGCAUGGUUGCGCUGUACGGGGGCGUAGAGGGGGGAGGCACACGAUCCAAGGUCCUUUUACUCUCAGAGGAUGGGAAGAUCCUGGCAGAAGCGGAUGGACUCAGCACAAACCACUGGCUGAUUGGGACAGACAAGUGCGUGGAGAGGAUCAACGAGAUGGUGAACAGGGCCAAGCGGAAAGCAGGGGUGGAUCCUCUGGUUCCUCUCCGAAGCUUGGGCCUAUCCCUGAGCGGUGGGGAUCAGGAGGACGCGGUGAGAAUGCUGAUGGAGGAGCUGAGGGACCGAUUUCCCUACCUGAGUGAAAGCUACUUAAUCACCACCGAUGCCGCCGGCUCCAUCGCCACAGCUACGCCGGAUGGUGGGAUCGUGCUCAUCUCUGGGACGGGCUCCAACUGCAGGCUCAUCAACCCCGACGGCUCUGAGAGCGGCUGUGGCGGCUGGGGCCACAUGAUGGGAGAUGAGGGCUCAGCCUACUGGAUUGCACACCAAGCAGUGAAAAUAGUGUUUGACUCCAUCGACAACCUAGAGGCGGCUCCUCAUGACAUUGGCUAUGUCAAACAGGCCAUGUUCAACUAUUUCCAGGUGCCAGAUCGGCUAGGAAUCCUCACCCACCUGUAUAGGGACUUCGAUAAAUGCAGGUUUGCUGGGUUUUGCCGGAAAGUUGCAGAAGGUGCUCAGCAGGGAGACCCCCUUUCCCGUUACAUCUUCAGGAAGGCCGGGGAGAUGCUGGGCAGACACGUUGUGGCAGUCUUGCCGGAGAUUGAUCCGGUCUUAUUCCAGGGAGAGAUGGGCCUUCCCAUCCUGUGCGUGGGCUCUGUGUGGAAGAGCUGGGAGCUGCUGAAGGAAGGAAAACAGCAGUUUGCAGUUCUUCUGCUUGAAGGAGUUCUGAAGAGGUUGUGAGAAUGGCUGAGCUCCAGGAAGGCCAACUAGACGCAGCUAGGGCGACGGCUGGCCUGGCUCCCGUUACAGGGUGACACUUCCUGUUUGUCAUGUGGCACUGGGAAUGAGCCGCCGAGGAGCAGACACGAUUUCCUGUCCUCUGGAUACUGCAGUUUGAUUGAUGAAAACAAGCCCAGAGAUUCCUGUUCUGUCCAUGCUGCACGGAGAAGACUGAAGACAGAAUCUUGAGCUAGAGUGGCUGCCUCUCUGGGUGUCUAGAUCGUAAGCUGUUAGCAGGCACGGAUCAUGUCGUAGACAUCAGUUCUCAAACUUCUGUGCAUCAGUUAUUGAUGAGCUUGUUUUAAACUUAGAUUUUUCCCCGUUUCAUAAGCUGAUUCAGUGGGUCAAGGAUGAGGUGACAUGGUGUUUUCAUUUCUACUAAAUAUUUCGGGUAAUUUCUGCUGCGGAGGUCCUGGAUCUGCCCUUGAGGGAGCUCUACCCAGUAACUUUGGCGUUCUUAUUAGGCUUAUUUCCCAAGUCAGAUGACACUGUUAACUUCACUGUCUAGAGCAGAACCGUGAAGCAGAGCUUCAGUCCCAUCAGCCUAGCUCAACACAGUAAGAACUCAAGCCAACUCCCUUCUGGAGGGACAGUCAGCUCUCUAGGUACGGUUCAGACCACUGGGGUCAGCUCUCCGUCAGCCUCCAGUGCAUCCUCUGCCAACAAGCGUGCGGAGUUGGGGACACAAGCAAAGUGCCUUUACUCCAUCUCAGUAACACAACUGAUGAGCCACAAACUUUGGAGACAUCUUCACAUGAUUGCAGGACCAGGGUCUAACAGUAUUUUGGAUUUAGAAUCUGAAACUAUUGGUGAAGAAUUUAAAUAAAACAUAUUUAUGUUCUUCAGGGAACAGCCAUCACUUCAUACUGUUGUCAGGGCUCCACUAUUCCAGUUGAACAGUGGAGGUCUUAGGAGCACAGCGAGGAGCACAACUUGAUUGACUUUAGUGCCAACUCAUAAGUGCUCACUAAAUGCUAGUUGAGAAAAUGAAGGCAACACUCAAGUGUACAAGGUCAGACGUGUUCCUGUUUCCUUUGGCCAAAGGAGAUGUGAUGGGGUAGCUUAUUCUCCUGUCAGGCUCUGUAACACAGACGUUGCGUACAGGUCAUAAGUGAUUUUUAAUGAGAUUCUCCUUUAAAUUUAUAUAAUAUCCUUCCCUAAUAAGAUAGGAUAAAUGAAUCGAAUUCCAUACUGCCAAGCCACUUGGAAUGCAUGUAUUCACCUGAGCUCAACAGCCAAGCAAGACAGCUGGGAACAAAAACUGCACUUGAAGAGGCCAGCAUUGCCUCACUCUACCUGCGUUACCUCGUGGACAGCAUGCCCUCAUCUGCGCCACCCAGUCGGCAGUUACUGAAAUGUCUGCCAACUGUGAUGAGUGCUCUGAAGGCUUUUAAUAUAGAUUAAAAAUGAAUGAUACCCUUAUACUAACAAAGUUUGGUGAAAAUAUGGGCUGUACUGUUUACAGUAUCUGUACUUUAUUAUACUUAGUUUAAUGAAAAUUUUGAAUGAAAGUUCUAAACGAUACACAUCUUAAACGCUGGGAAUCGUUCAGGCCCUGUAUAGAAUCAGUAUCUCAAAAAGCUGUAAAUAGGCAAGUCAGCUCAGAUUUUUAGAAACCUGAUUGUAAGAAGGAGGCAAAGAAAGGCACUCAAAACCCAUCAGCUAGGGUCUGAACUCCUGAUCUUUCUACCAUAUAAAAUAAAGCCUCUCAGGGCAUCAAUGGGAGGUUCAAGGGAGGUAAACAGUAACAAACUAACCUCCACAAGAGCAGGAAUGAUGCCUGCUUAUUACCCUCAGCAGCCCUGGUGCCUAGAACAACGCCAGGUACCUAGCAGGCUCUCAGACUUGUUCAGUAGUUGCAAGGUAAAUACAGAAUCCCUUUAAUUGUU